AUGUAUAUUAAACAAUGGUUUUCUGAGUUACCAUUUAUUACAAAAGGACUUUUUUUUAUUUAUUUAAUAACGGGAAUUAUUGCUACUUAUUGGCCAUCAUAUGACAUUGAUGUUUAUUUUCGAAAUUCAACCUCUAUAUAUACAAGAUUAAUAUCAUAUUUAUAUUUUGGUGAUAUAUUAUCUGUAUCAUAUUGGUAUGAAUUAGUUUUAUUCGUAAUAUAUUCUAAAUCAUUAGAGUAUGAAUAUAUAAAUUUAAAUAAUCAAAAAAAAUAUUUUAUUUGUUUAUUAUUUGGUAUUGUAAUGAUAUUAUUUCUAUCUAUAUUAAAGCCAUUACAAACAUUUCUUUUAUCGGAAUCUUUCGUAUUUUAUAUAAUUUUUUUAUAUAAUAAUUACAAAAAUCCUAAUGGAACAACAGUAUUUAUUCCUGCUUUAUUUGUUGACAAUCGAUAUAUGAUUAUUUUACUGAUAUUCGUAAAUGCUAUUUUUCGAUCAUUUUAUUGGACAGAAUAUUUUAUUGGUAUUACAGCUGGUUAUAUAUUUAUGAAAUUAGAACAAGCUAAAAUUAUUUGA